CUUGUCCCACAUUCAGUUUCAGUUUACCAGAAAUCGCUUUCGUUACUCAGUAUUGAAAGUAUAUGUCAUGCGACAAAGGACACUUGGCUAUUUACUACGGGUGAAUAGUGCCUCAAGAUUCUAACUACUGUCUCUCCGAUUCUCGGUGCCAGUGUUUUAACUGGGUAGUGGCAGCGACGUGUUAUUGUACACAUUUGAUAGCGGCGGGCAAGGCAAUGUCAAGGACAAUGCUCAAGGAGCAAAUUAAGAAACACUCACCUUAUGCUGAAUCUGUCCUCACAAAGAUUGGACUUACAAAUGACACUGACAUUCAAGAUUUAUCAAGAGAAGAUCUGAAUGAACUUCUGCCAGGCCUUGAACAUUUUAAACUUAGAAAGGAGAUCAGUCAAAUUAUAAACAAAUCUAAACAGGACCAGGCUAAAACUAUUGAUUCAAUUCUAAAUGAGCUGAAGGAAUUUCUUCCAGCUGAUGUCAUGAGGAGUGCACUUGUUCCUGGGGGAGUGUUGCAUGGCUACUUACCUGUUCUUAAAGAUUUGAAGGAGGACCUUUCUAGAGCCCUGCACUUCUUUGAGGCACUAAUUAAACUGCUUGAGAGUUACAACCAAGGAAAACCAACAAAGGCUGUGCUGAGUGGUGUUACCCAAUCAGAUGACGCUACCACAGAAGGAAGCCAAAUGUCAUAUGCAGGCAAGGCAAUGUCAAGGACAAUGCUCAAGGAGCAAAUUAAGAAACACUCACCUUAUGCUGAAUCUGUCCUCACAAAGAUUGGACUUACAAAUGACACUGACAUUCAAGAUUUAUCAAGAGAAGAUCUGAAUGAACUUCUGCCAGGCCUUGAACAUUUUAAACUUAGAAAGGAGAUCAGUCAAAUUAUAAACAAAUCUAAACAGGACCAGGCUAAAACUAUUGAUUCAAUUCUAAAUGAGCUGAAGGAAUUUCUUCCAGCUGAUGUCAUGAGGAGUGCACUUGUUCCUGGGGGAGUGUUGCAUGGCUACUUACCUGUUCUUAAAGAUUUGAAGGAGGACCUUUCUAGAGCCCUGCACUUCUUUGAGGCACUAAUUAAACUGCUUGAGAGUUACAACCAAGGAAAACCAACAAAGGCUGUGCUGAGUGGUGUUACCCAAUCAGAUGACGCUACCACAGAAGGAAGCCAAACGUCAUAUGCAGGCAAGGCAAUGUCAAGGACAAUGCUCAAGGAGCAAAUUAAGAAACAUUCAACUUAUGCAGAAUCUGUCCUCACAAAGAUUGGACUUACAAAUGACACUGACAUUCAAGAUUUAUCAAGAGAAGAUCUGAAUGAACUUCUGCCAGGCCUUGAACAUUUUAAACUUAGAAAGGAGAUCAGUCAAAUUAUAAACAAAUCUAAACAGGACCAGGCUAAAACUAUUGAUUCAAUUCUAAAUGAGCUGAAGGAAUUUCUUCCAGCUGAUGUCAUGAGGAGUGCACUUGUUCCUGGGGGAGUGUUGCAUGGCUACUUACCUGUUCUUAAAGAUUUGAAGGAGGACCUUUCUAGAGCCCUGCACUUCUUUGAGGCACUAAUUAAACUGCUUGAGAGUUACAACCAAGGAAAACCAACAAAGGCUGUGCUGAGUGGUGUUACCCAAUCAGAUGACGCUACCACAGAAGGAAGCCAAACGUCAUAUGCAGUUAAAGUCCAUUCACGUGUCUGUGGACAAACCCUAAACAAUCACCUUGCCCUCAUGAAACAAGUUGAUCAACUCGGAGGGGGACUUCGGCAAGAGGAGACAAGUGUAGAGGACUGCCAAGUCAUAAUGGUCUUCUGUCCCAUUGUUUCUCGUGUAGGAACAGACAUCGAGUCUGCCAUGAAAUGUAUUCCUGGCAACAAAGAGGUGAUUCUGGUGUUGAUGUACCAUACAUUCGACUGUGACUUAGUCACAUGCCAGAAAUCUGCAUCUCCCUACCAGAACAUAGUGUUGGAAGUUAAUGUUCUCUUCCAUGACUCAAAGGGACUUCUGCAUUGUGAAACUAAUAAUAAAGCAGUGUCUUGCAUACAUAAGGCCUUACAGAAAUACAAGAGAGAAAAUUCGAGCACAAAGUAAAGUCAGCCUUGCAAGUAUUAAGUAAUUUAGAAAUGAUUGCUCCUGUUGCCGUUGAAUGUUAUAAAGCCUUAGAUGUAGAAGCAGGGAAUUUCUUUUUUUCUUUCAACCAUAUUUAGCUAAACUUGAUUAAGUUUAACUAAAUAUGGUCAAUCGUCCUACUGAAAGCUAUUUUAUGUCAAAUUAGAUUUUUGUAACCAGUUAUUGAAAGAGAUAUUAUGACACAAACCUAGGUAUAAACAGAUUCAUAUAGAAGUACAGAUUUGUGACAAAUUAAAGGAAAAACUUGAAGGAAUUAGUGGAGGCACAUAAUGAAUGCAGCUGCUUCCAUACUGUGGCACAUUGAAGCUGUUCUGGGUAAUAAUUUUGCACGCCCAAUUUUUCAGUUUUUUAUUUGUUAAAAAGGUUUGAAAUAUCCAAUAAAUUUCGUUCCACUUCA